AUGGCGGAGUCACGUUCGUCGAGCCCGCUGGCCGCCACCUCCCAGGAACCCGCAUCGUCGCCCGCAGCAGAUCGAAGGAAGUCCGGUCGGGUGUCGCGGAAGCCCCAGUUAUUUUCGCAAGAGGGUCACGGCAGCAGGGCAAAGCGCAAGCGCGACGGCGACGAUGAUGAUGAUAACGAUGACGACAAUGAGGACGGAGACGUAGAUGAGGAGGGGCCAGACGCGUUGGACGAAGAGAGCGAGGAGGAAGAGGAUGAUGAACCGGACGAAGAAGAGCUGAGGGAAAAGCAACGCUCAGGGCGCCGCAUGGCGAAUAGGAAAGCGCCUGCUGGGUCGAGGGCGAAACCCAAGGCUCAUACCGCGAAGAAGCCCAGGGUUGCUGGGAAUGGCGCUCGCAGACAAUUGGCCUUGCGGCCGGCUGUUUCUCGUCCGAGGAAGCGCGCUGCAAAGUUCAGUUUUGCUGCUGAAGUAGGAGGUUUAUACGCCGAGGUCUUUGCGAAAGGUCAAACGGUCGAUGCGGUUGCGGCCGAAUGGCUCACACAAUAUCAGCGCAACAAGGCCGAGGGACUCUGUGACUUGGUCAAUUUCAUUCUGCGCUGUACAGGCUCCACCGACGAGGUAUCUACGGCAGACAUUGAGGAUGUGGACCAUAUACCGCAGUCUAUAAAGGACCUACAGGAUGACUACCAGGAGCAGGGCAUUUCGGAAUACCCCCUGAUCUCAAAAUCAAAGAGUCUUCGUUCCUUCCAGCCGGUUCUGCAAGACUUCUUCACAGCGCUGACGCAGACCCUUCAUCAUUCCUCAACGCUGUAUACCGAUGGCGACCUGUUCGAGAAUUUCCAGACGUGGGUGGCCGGCCUGUCUACAGCAGGCUGUAGGCCCUUCCGCCAUACUGCUACCCUCAUCUCUUUGACGGUCACCACCGCCUUGUGUGCUCUGGCAAGAGAAGUCACCACCACGAUAUCGACAUCGCGGAAACAACUGGAAAGCGAAAAGAAGAAGAAAACGGCAAACAAGGGUAGAGCCGCCGCAAUUCAAACUGCAAUCCAGGAAGGGGAAAAUAAACUCGAAAUUAUCGAUGCGCUUCUCAAGGACUCGUUCGACACCGUGUUCGUCCACCGGUAUCGGGAUGUUGAUGCCAAGAUUCGCGCUGAGUGCAUGUCCUCCUUGGGCCAGUGGCUCCGCACCUACAGAGAGUUCUUUUUCGAGGGCCAGUACCUUCGAUACCUUGGCUGGGUACUAUCUGACACCUCCGCUCAAGCGCGUUUGAUUGUGGUCGCGGAACUCAAGAUCUUGUUUGAAAACAAAGAUAACAUCGCCGGCUUGAACUCAUUUACCGAACGGUUUCGUCCUAGGCUGGUAGAGAUGGCGACUCGAGAUGCCGAUGUGAGCGUUCGUGCUUCGGCGGUCGAGCUCCUGGACCUGAUUCGUGAUGCUGGUAUGAUCGAACCCGCUGAUAUAGACACCGUCGGCCGACUGGUCUUUGAUCUGGAGCCCCGGGUCAGAAAGGCUGCCGGUCGUUUCUUCGUCGCAAAUGUUGAGGACGUAUUUGAGUCUACAACCGAAGAGGUCGGCGAAGAGAUGAAUGAGAUUUUUGGUGAUGAGGAUGAAGAAGAUACCGAAUCCCCGAAAAGAUCCUGGAUUAAGUUCAAGUGCCUGGCCGACAUCUUGCAGGCUUACGACGAGCAGGAGAACGAGCUUAAACCAGAACGCUCAGCCAUGGCGUCAAGAGACGUCCUGUCAGGCUCUUCUAUUGACUCCCGAUUUGUCCUAGCCACUGAGGCCAUAUAUCCACAUCUUGAGGAACUAUCUCAAUGGCAGUCCCUGGCUGGUUAUCUCCUAUACGACCAUUCGCAGAUUCCUGUCGAACCUGCCGAGGACGACACGACAGGAACCGUGAAGAACAUGUAUAGGAUGCAAGAAGGCCAUGAGCUUAUUCUUCUGGAGGUUCUUGGCUGUGCAGUCAAACUCCGUAUCCUUGAUGUGGCCAAGUCAGAUGUUGAUAGGAGGGGGCGAAGAGCCAAGGGGUUGACGGAGAAGAUCACUGAACAACAGGAAGAGAUUGCGCACGGUCUCGCCCAGAUCAUCCCGCAGCUAUUGAACAAAUUCGGCUCGUCUCCUGAAGCUGCGUCGGCUGUUCUCCGACUGGAACACUUGGUCGAUCUGGAUAAAAUCCAAGACAUGCAAAAGGAUGUCACCGCUUAUUCGUCCCUGCUGAAUGAUAUCAACAAGCAAUUUUUGACUCACUCAGACCAAGAUGUACUUGCGGAGGCUACUAUUGCUUUCUUGCAUGCCAAGAGCUCGGAUGAAUUGAAAGAAGCCCUGGAAAACAAGAUCCAGGAGCUGUGGGAUGAUAUGGUCGAUACCCUGAGCGCUCUCGUGCACAUGAAAGACCAGGAUUCGGACGAUGAAAUCCCAGAAUCUGCAUUGACGGAUCUUUCCAACACAGUCAUGAGAAUCUCGAAAUUGGCCAGUGUGAUUGAUUGUACCACCAUUCUAGAAACCGUACCUUCCUCGCGCUCCAAGGCCAAGAAGGCUCGUUUGGAGGCACCUUUUAAUACCCUGAUCCACCUCGCGAAGCGUGGUAUUCGCAGCAAACAAGCCAUCCAAGAUACGGCUCAGCAGGAACGGGAUAUCGUGGUGAAUAGCAUCCGGUCAUUACUGUUCUAUUUUAUGUGGAAGGUGCAAGCUCUAAGUGCCGCCCUGAAUUCUGGAAAAGCUUUGAACACUGCGUACUUUGAAGCGAUUACCAAGAGCCGCGAAACCUUUGUUGCAACGCUCAUCUCUAUCAUGCAAGAACGGUCUGGUCUGGAUGAAGAACGCUUUGCUGCCAUCACAGCGCUCUUGGACCUACAAACACUCUUCGGCACACUUCGUCAUGCCGGACAGAACAGCGAUAAUGAUCAGGACACUCUUCUACAGACCCAGAGCCUGGUGCAUGAAAUCGGGUCGGACACGCAGACUCUCAUUGCGCGGAUCCACGGCGUCGCCGAACGGAUCUAUGCAAAGAAAGUAGGUCGGUACCUCGAGCCGGCCGACGACGACGCCCCGACCUCCGAAUCGGAGGAUGACGAGCAGGCCUCGAACGAUGAAGAUCCUGCGGUCGUCAACGAACGCCUCCGAUCGACCAUCGUCGCCGAGCAGCGACUCUGCGAGCUUACAGGCAAGAUCGUCCUCGCCAUGAUUGGCCGGGUCAUUGACGCCUCGGGCGCCCAACGCGGCAAGUUACGAGAGCGACUUCUCAAGAACAAGUCGCGUCUCGGCCAUAAUUACCGAGAAGUGCUCGCCUUCUUGACCGAUAGCAAGCCGGCAAACAGCUCUACGUCUAGGUCUAAAGCCAAACAACGGCAACAGAAACAGGCCAAGUCCGUUGAAAGGAUCGAGGAUGACGAUGAGGACGAAGAGAUCGAAGCCCACCACGGCGAAGAGGAUGAUGAAGACGAUCUGCGCGCCCGGGAACUUGUCGACGAUCCCAUCGAGGACGAGAACGACGCACCGCCCCGGACUCCGGAGUCAGAUGAAGACGAAAUCAUGGGCGAUUAG